CGUCGCUGCCGCCCCCGCCGCCUCCCGUCGCGGGCAGGCGGGAGGAGCCCUGACCGGCCAUGGCGACACCGCCGGCGGCCUCCUCCUCCCCCUCACCUUCUCUCCCUCUCCCAAGGGAUGGAAGGGAAUGGAAGGGAUCUGAUUGGAGUGGUGGAUCUGCGCCCUUGCCGUCUCUUCUUUUCUUCACCGAUUCCAGGAGGAGAUCGAAGUGGGAGGUAGACGAGCAGGAGCGCCGCGUCCGCGACAGCGAUGAGUGACGACCCAGGUUCUCCUCUCCCAUGGCAGGGGUCGGCGAGUAGCAACAGAUGCGGGACACCAACUGGUGGCGCAACGGACAGCGAGAGGCGGGACACCAACUAGGCGCGCCUCUCGCGGCCGACUUCCACGGCGGCGACGUCGUUUACCUUGGCGCCUGCUUCUUUCCGACUCAGCGAUCCCCGCGGGCACCGAUGGACGGCGACGGGCAGCACGUGCGGCCGCGGAGCCGCGCGCUCCUGACCGACGACGAGGAUGACGGGACGUACGCCAACGACGUGUACAGCGGCAACCUCGCCGCCACGGGCGGGUCUCGUGCUGGCCGGAUCUUGGGGCGGUAGCAGUACUUGGUGCAGCGCCGCCGCGGCGACUACGGCAGCGUCGGGGUCGUCGUCGUCCUCAUCCGCACAGGGAAGCUGGACUGGGAGGUUUGCUGCUUCCGGUCGGCAGACGAUGGCUAUGACGCUAUGCCCAGCACAAGUGCUAAAGCCAUCACGGCCGGCACCACUGGCACCAGCAGCCGUUCGGUGUGCUCUCCGGGAUGCUGCAGUGGAAGGGUCGAGCAGGAGCUAUGGAUGCCAGCAAACAAGCCUGUGCAGACGGCAUUGCAUCAAUCAAAUCGGAUGGAGAACAUCACACAACAGCCUUUCUCCAGGACAUAAAGAAAAUGGUGGCACUUUGGGUUUUGAAGACGCCGCCUCGCGUAGGACUACGAACAUGGGACGCUCAUUCGAGUUUUUCUUAACUCGUCAGGAUUCUCAUGCUGCAAAUUUAGUAACGGGGCAAAUUUUUGGGUGUCCUGAUGUGUUUGCGGAUUGAUGAAAAUUUGGCGAGGGAGAUCAUAAACCAUCGCUCGCUGCAGCACAUCAAUUGUUGAAUUCGUUUGAAGGAGCUGUCAAUUGUUGAAUUCACUUGAAGGAGGUGUGUUUGCUCUCUGUUCCCUUGAGUCAAUCACCAUGAUUUUACAUCGAGACGAUGUUUCUUCUUCAAAAGGGGAUGAUGAACAACAUGGGAACAAGGAGGAACUUUACCCGCCUGUUAUAGACUAAGCACUAAAAGCAUGCUUGCAUUCACUUUAGCUUGUUCAUUCUGUUAUAGGGCAGUGCUUUCGUUAUGCGUAUGAUGCUUUCAGUUUAUUGAAAGAUUUGUUCCAAGGAUAAAUUCUGAUCUUUUGAAACUAUGUUUUUUAGUGAUAACCUUUAUAAGUUGGACUGUUUAUGGGCGCUGGAAGUCUUGUAAUAACCGUUGUUGUACAUACGUUUAUCAUCAUAAGAGA